UUUACGGUGGCCGCCAUCUUGCUGUGAGGGAAGCGUCAUAUAAUAUUUACUCUGUUCCAUCUGAGGUUAAUCACACAGACCCAAGAUGGAUGCAGAUCUCUAUGAUGAGUUUGGGAACUACAUCGGACCUGAUUUGGAAAGUGACGAUGAUGAGGAUGAAGAAGAACAGCAGGAAGAUGAGGAAGAGGAGGCAGAUGAGGAGGAGAUGGACAUGGACCGCGAUGAUGACCAAGACAUCAAUGACAUGCAGGUGGUACUACACGAAGACAAGAAAUACUACCCCACACCUGAGGAGGUGUAUGGACCAGAGGUAGAGACAAUAGUUCACGAGGAGGACACCCAGCCCCUGACGGAGCCCAUUAUUGCCCCUGUCAAGAGGACAAAGUUCCAAGUUGCAGAACAAGAACUGCCAGAAACAACUUAUAACAUAGAGUUUUUGGCAGACUUGAUGGACAACCCAGACCUGAUCAGGAAUGUGGCACUGUGUGGUCAUCUCCACCAUGGCAAGACAUCAUUUGUGGACAGUUUGGUGGAGCAGACACACCCGGAGAUGGAAAUAGAGGAAGGGAAAGAUCUUAGGUACACAGAUAUUUUGUUUACAGAACAAGAGAGAGGUCUAAGCAUCAAAUCACUCCCUGUGAGUCUCUUGCUACAAGACACCAGGACAAAGUCAUACCUCGUCAACGUGUUCGACACGCCAGGACACGUCAACUUCUCAGACGAGGUGACAGCCGCGUUCAGGAUGUGUGAUGGCGCUGUUAUCUUUAUUGAUGCUGCAGAGGGGGUGAUGUUGAACACAGAACGCCUCAUCAAGCAUGCCCUCCAGGAGAAGCUAGCAGUCACAGUGUGUAUUAACAAGAUAGACAGAUUGAUACUGGAGCUCAAGCUGCCACCCACUGAUGCUUAUUAUAAACUGAGACACAUCGUGGAUGAAGUCAAUGGCCUGAUAAGCACGUUUGCAGAUGAGGAGGAAGACAUGUCGGUCUCCCCUCUGAAGGGCAAUGUCUGUUUUGCCAGUUCAUACUACAGGUUUUGCUUCACUCUCAGCUCAUUCGCUAAGAUAUACUCUGAUACGUACGGUGGUAUUAACACAUACGAGUUUGCCAGGAGACUGUGGGGAGAUAUCUACUUCAACAGCAAAACGAGGAAAUUUUCAAAGAAACCUGCCAACAGCACAUCCCAGAGAAGUUUUGUGGAGUUUAUACUAGAACCACUGUACAAGAUAUUUUCUAUGACUGUUGGGGAUGUGGAUCUUAACCUGCCGCAGGUGUGUGAGGAGCUGGGGAUCAGUCUCACCAAGGAGGAGAGGAAACUGAACAUACGGCCCCUUCUCAGGAUUGUACUGAGGAGGUUCUUUGGGGAUUUCUCAGGCUUCGUUGACAUGUGUGUGCAGCACGUGCCCUCCCCUGGGGACCACGCCAAGUCCAAAGUAGAGCACACGUACACAGGGCCUCUGGACACGGAGCUGGCAGACUCCAUGACACAGUGUGAUCCUGAUGGUCCUCUGAUGAUCCAUACCACAAAGCUUUACCCGACAGAAGAUGCUACGGCAUUUCACGUGCUUGGUCGCGUGAUGAGUGGCACGCUGUAUGCGAACCAAGAUGUCAAAAUUCUCGGGGAGAAUUACUCAUUACAGGAUGAAGAAGACUCCAGGUUUGGUCAGGUGGGAAGACUGUGGAUAUAUGAGGCCAGAUACAAGAUAGAGGUGAACCGUGUGCCAGCAGGCAACUGGGUGUUGAUAGAGGGCAUAGAUCAGCCCAUAGUAAAGACUUCUACUAUAACAGAGGCCACAGGGAAUGAAGAGGCCUUCAUCUUCAGACCUCUGAAGUUCAACACAAGUUCUGUGAUCAAGAUAGCCGUGGAGCCGGUCAAUCCAUCAGAGCUCCCCAAGAUGUUGGACGGACUGAGGAAAAUUAGUAAAAGUUACCCUCUUGUAACAACAAAGGUAGAAGAGUCAGGAGAGCACAUAGUGUUGGGGACAGGGGAGCUGUAUCUGGACUGUGUGAUGCAUGAUCUCAGAAAACUGUAUUCAGAAAUAGACAUUAAGGUAGCUGACCCAGUAGUAACUUUCUGUGAGACAGUGGUCGAGACUUCCUCCCUCAAAUGUUUUGCUGAAACACCCAAUAAAAAAAAUAAAAUCACAAUGAUUGCUGAGCCGUUGGAGAAGGGACUGGCUGAGGACAUUGAAAAUGAGGUCGUACAGAUCACAUGGCCCAGAAAGAGGCUUGGGGAAUUUUUCCAGACAAAGUACGACUGGGAUUUGCUGGCUGCUCGUUCCAUUUGGGCAUUUGGUCCUGAUGCAACUGGACCCAAUAUUCUGGUAGAUGAUACCCUGCCCUCUGAGGUUGACAAAGGUCUCUUGAACUCUGUGAAAGACAGUAUUGUCCAAGGUUUCCAAUGGGGCACGAGGGAAGGACCUCUCUGUGAUGAACCGAUCCGAAAUGUAAAGUUUAAGAUCUUGGAUGCAGUGAUAGCCCAGGAACCAAUCCACAGGGGAGGUGGACAGAUUAUUCCAACAGCCAGGAGAGUGGCAUACUCUGCUUUCCUUAUGGCCACACCCCGUCUUAUGGAGCCGUAUUACUUUGUAGAAGUCCAGGCCCCCGCUGACUGUGUGUCUGCAGUGUAUACUGUACUGGCUAGGAGAAGGGGUCAUGUGACUCAAGACGCUCCAAUCCCAGGGUCUCCACUGUACACAAUCAAAGCUUUCAUUCCUGCCAUAGAUUCCUUUGGGUUUGAGACAGACUUGAGGACCCACACACAGGGACAGGCUUUCUGUCUGUCUGUAUUCCAUCACUGGCAGAUUGUACCUGGAGACCCCUUGGACAAGAGUAUCAUAAUUCGUCCCCUGGAGCCCCAGCCCGCCACUGCUCUGGCCAGGGAAUUCAUGAUCAAAACCAGGAGAAGAAAGGGUCUUAGUGAAGAUGUCAGCAUCAACAAAUUUUUCGACGACCCUAUGUUGUUGGAGUUGGCAAAACAGGACGUGAUGUUGAACUAUCCCAUGUAGCUUUCCAACCUAUAGGCCAGACAAAAUUGAUAUGUUGGUUAAUAAGCACAGUCGACCCUGAUUUCGAGUACAUCACAUUUUUGGGCAUCCAAUUCUUUACUCAAAUAGAAAAAUGUAUAAGGUAUUGAUUUGAUAGGUGAAGGAAAUUUACAGUUGACCCCAGAAAAAUUUUGCUGGUGUUUUUAUUGCUCUAAAAUUGCACACGCUGUGGAUUUCACAUUUCCUCUCCCUAAAAAAAAUAGCUAAAAACAACACUGACCAACCAUAAAAUAAAUCCACUUUGCUUCUUAACCUUAAUGUUUAAAAAAAAAAAAAAAUAAGUGUUGUCUAUCGACCCUGCUUACAGAGAGUCAUUGCUAGAUAGAUAAUAUAUCAGUUUUGUCUGGUCUUACUGAAGAUUAUCAAAAACAACCUUAAAAAAUCCUUGAGUCAAGCAUGGAGAACAUAUGCCCAUGACGAGGACAGUAAACAUUGUGUUCUGUGAAGGUGGAGUUUGUAUUCAAAGAUGAAUAACAGCAUGGCUUCAAUAAAGAAAUGUACUUGCCACCUUCUCUUCACAAAUGGAGUAAGAAAAGAAAUAGUGAUACAAGACGCUGUAUCCUUUGCGGAAAUUGGAAGAAGGAACUGGUGUAACACAGAAAACAUGGGACAAUUUUUGAUUUAGAGUGACAGAGAAUAUUUCAUAUUUUCACUUGUGUAUUCCCAUAAGCAGGGUGACUUGUAUGUAAAUGUAGUAUUUUUAUAAGAAAGCAAUACGAAAUGCCUUUCAGGUGUUUUUAUUGCAAAAAAUAAAUGAUGUAUGCUUGGAGUAACGGUGGUACUAUACUUCUUGUAAAGUCAAUCGUAGAAAUAUAUUUCCGUGUUUUGAUGAAUUUAUUACCCGUAUCAAUGAUUAUGCAAUGUCGUUAUUAUAGGAGAUGGCUAUUGUAUACUCUCCUCUCGCAGAAAAGAAAGACUAUAAUAAAAACACAAAUUUGAAAUAAGCUUGAA